UCGUUCUCGCUCCAUCGAGUUUUUUAGUGGGCGGCGGAUAUUUGGAAAACAGCUGUUCGGUGGACAUGUUUAUCGCGCCGCGGCUGCACGGGGGAUGCGCACCGAUUCGUCCUCCCCGUCGUCGUCGUCGACUCGCGAGAUAACGCGGCGGGAAUGAAAUAUGCGAUGACACGGAACCGAGGCACGUCGAGGUGGUCAAGCACGGUGGCUUCGUGUCUCGACGAUCCGCGCGCGUAAAACAGGAUCAUGGCACAGUGCAAAUUAACCCCACGGGAGUUCAUCGGCAACGCUUUCUCUCCGCAGAUCGCCGUGGUCUGCUCCAGCGCGGCCGACGCCGUCUGUCAAAAGAAUAAUCUGUCAUUCGUCGAGCUGCUCCAACCCUUUUGCAAAUUAAACACCGAAGGUCAUUUUAAAGAUCCUCAAGGAAAUACUGUGGCAAUUCGAAAUCUUCGACUCUCUAUACAAGAUAUCAAUGCGCGACCACCAGAACCGAGUCUUGCCAAGAAGAUGUUGAACGAAGCUGUCAGUUCUACUUUGUGCGAACGCACCACUAUCAUUCGAAUUGGCUCAACCGAGUUGGAUGUUCCCAUUUCUGUACCUUGGUUUGAAGCAUGGAGAGAAACGUUUUUGAGUGUCCAAUUUCCAUCGGAUCAUGAGUUUACAAAACAUCUGCUUGCGUGUAUGAUAGUCGUUUCUACGACAGAGGACAAUCCGUUAGAAAAAAUUCAGACCAUGGGAGCACAAUUGUAUCAAAGCGUAUCGGGAAAGUUACCCAAGUGGUUCAAUAAUAAUGCUCUUAGGUAUUACAUCUUGGUUCACGAUGCUAUUCAGGAUGAUAGAAAUAAAGCGGAAAUAGUUUUUACAGAAAUGAAGACUAUUUAUGGUGCUAACAAUUGUUUUCUAUUACAAAUGAAUUCGAGACCGCCAGGUCUUUCUGAUGACAAUACGCAUUUACCUGAUCCGUGGAGUCAAUUUUUAACAAAACAUUCAGAAUUAUCUGGCAACAGCGAACAAAACAGCUCACCUCGUACACCUGCGGAUACAGGCGGAGUAUCAGCCAUGCCGAGCGAGUUAACUACAGAAUCUGAUAAAACGAGUCAAGCCGGGACACCGCUAAUGCCACACAACUCAUUGCCGUCUUCGGAUUUGACGCAAUUAAUCUCCGGAGUUGAUGCAAUUAGUUUCUCUUCCGAAUUAUCCGAAUCGGCGCAUGUACAGUUAGAAGUUGGACAAGAAGCAGUUCCAGUUACAAUUCAUCCACUUAGUCCGAAUGAUGAGAAAUCGCCAAAUUUUAUUUCCGCAACUAACGUCAAGGGUCAAUCUAUUGCUACUAGCCCGAUAAACACAAAUGUCUGGGCAGAUUCUCCGAAUUACGGUGCUCAACACGGUGCUCGUCUUUCCACCCAAGAUUUGGAAAGAUUACGGACGUUAAUAACGGAAUUCUGUCUACGAAGUUUGUUGCCUUACGUAGAAAAACAGAUUGGUCUGUUGAAUGACGUGAUCUCGAACAAGAAGGGAGUCAGUAGAUCACUAUUUAGCGCUACAAGACGAUGGUUUGGUACAAAUAAGCCUGGUGCACCAGGUUCGGCGCCGUCAAAUGCUGUAAUUUAUACAGCGGAAUCGCCGGAAUUGCAAUUACGACGAUUGGGUGAUCUGUGUUUCAUGUUCGGUCAUUAUUCUCUCGCUUAUCAGGCGUAUCAUAGCGCGAAGCGCGAUUUCGCAGCGGAUCAGGCUUGGGUAUACUACGCGGGAGCUUUAGAGAUGGCUGCUCUAAGCGCCUUCAUGCAAGGCGAAACGAACAGAAAAACUAUCGAGUAUAUGGACGACGCGAUAUUAACUUACACCAACAGCUGUAAGAUGCCACAGUUCGCGACGAGGGCGACCCUACUGAGCGCCGAAUGUCUGAAGGGUCGGGGAUUGUAUGGAGAAGCCGCGAAGCAACUUAUACGAAUGACCAGCGAGGAUUCGGACCUACGUUCGGCCUUGUUACUUGAACAAGCAGCUUAUUGCUUUAUCGGUCCGAAAAUGAUGCGUAAAUACGCCUUCCACGCGGUUCUAGCUGGACAUAGAUUCUCGAAAGCUGGCCAAAGAAAGCAUUCGCUGAGAUGCUAUCAACAGGCGUAUCAGGUGUAUUACGAAAGGGGUUGGUCCUUGGCCGAGGAUCAUAUUCAUUUUACAAUCGGCAGGCAGGCUGCGUCCCUGAAACAGAUUUCUGAGGCUGUGAAAGCGUUUGAAAAGUUACUCAAUGCUUCUAGUAAGCAACACGCUGUGCAACAAGCUGCGUUUUUACGAGAAUUCUUACACACUCGUAACUUAUUGUUUCAGGAAAACGGCACUAAUUGUAAGGAAUAUCCUACUUUACCUUUGCCGUUGUUAGAUAGCAACAAUAUUAAAGUACUGUACGGUCCCUUGGGUGAACAAAGCGAAAGCAAUAUCCCGGCAAGCCACGUCACAUUUAACACUGAAGAAACAGAUGAUGCAAAAUGGUCCAGAAUAGAGGAGCUAUUGAUAACCGAGGCGCAGGGAUCUCAACCUAUGAUAUUCAAGCCGACAAUCGCGUUGUACUCUAGAACGAGUAAUAAUACUGUAAAACCGAACGCGGUUCUGGACGAACCGGUGCAUUACUUCAUCGAACUGCAUAAUCCGUUGCACGUCCCCUUACCAUUGUCAGAUGUGACUUUACUGUGGUCGUUCACUUGCGACAACGAGACCAUCACAAACGAAAUGGAAACGAGCGACAAUCCAAAACCAGUCGACGCGAAUGUCAUAGACGCGAUCUUGUUACAACCGACGUGCAAACAAAACAUCGUGUUAUCUCUCACACCCAGACGAGUGGGAGAACUGAGAAUCUUAGGUAUAAGUUACAAACUCUCCAAUCCGGUGCAGGGAACAAAUGAUUCACCGGUUACGAAUUCGGCCGUGGUUAUCGGUGGUAAAAGAUUGUUCGAGAUCACACCGCCAAAAUUGAAAAAUAAUAAGGACAAACCCGGGACGAGCCUGUACGGAAAGGAUUAUCGAUUGGAAAUGAACGUGAUAGAAAAGGCACCGUUUAUGCAGAUACUUUUCACUAAACUGUCACCGGAAAUGUUGUGCGGUGAAGUACAAAAGGUGGAAGUCACGUUGAAAAAUAUAGGCAACACACCAUUGACGAAUGUGUACAUUGCGUCUACUGAUGCCAAACUUUUCACAUUAGGAGGCUCGGAGAGCGAUAAGAGCGAAGACUCGAUGAUGAAGAAGAGCAGUAGAUCAGUUACGAAGGUAACACUACCAACCUCCAUGAAUGGUGUGUUGAAUGUAGGCGAGGUUUAUAAGAUGCCACUUUGGGUACAAGCUCCGUACGAAAAGGGAACUCAUAGAUUAGAUUUACUCUUCUACUACGAAAGCGUCGAAUCGAAGGCCACGUUGAAACAUCGGUUGUGCCGACACACUUGGCAAUUAACCGUGUUGGAUUCGAUACAAAUCACGGCAAUCGCCGCGAGAAGCGGAUUAUUCAAGGACGACUCGCCGACGUUGAAUCUAAUAAUGUCCGUGAAAAAUACCAAUCAAGUACACGAUCCAUCUAUAAAUGAGAUUAUGUUGUCCAAAGUAUCGCUUCACAGCGCUUCUUGGUCCGCGUUUCACUCUUCCGUUCUACCGCCGAGCAUAAAGGUACAACCUCAGGAAGUGUUCCAUCUGAUGUUGAAGUUGAGGAAGAAGACUGAUGGCGAGUCGAUUAUUUCCGACGUUUCCUUAACUCGUGACGAGGGUGAAGCCAUCGACGAUUGUCCGUUUGUCAAUUUUGUACAAAGACGUAAUAUUCCACCGUUGGACGUGAAUGAAAAUGCGAGCGACAUACAGCAAUUUCAAUCGCAACAAAAUAUCGAGCACAACGCUGUGUCGGAUAUCAUGGCCUUGAAUUCUACGUUAAUUGUCAAGUGGUGUGCCAACGUGACGGAGAGUGGUGUCGUCACUCGAAUGGCCCUCGGUCAACAUCACCUCGAGCUCGAGCACCUGAACAAGACGUACAAACAUCCGAGGGAGCUGCGUGCCGAACGUAAUGAAUUCGGUGCUCGUUUAAGGGUCUUCGGGCCGGAUAGAAACGUACCAAAUGCGGUAACCGCUCCUGUCAAGGAUCCCGUAUGGGAAGCGGAAUGCUUGAAAAGUUUAAUCUCUUACUCUCUCAGUCAUCAAAGACAGAUUACGCACAGUUUUCAGCGAAGUCGGUUGUGCAUGGUCCCUGUAACGAUAUAUAUACAGAAUCACUCCAAGAUGCGACUCGAUGUUAAAAUAAGUACGAUAGGCACUAGCAGUGAAACUCAUCUUCCAAAUAUUAAAUCCCAACUGUAUUCACCACAAGCUUCAACGUAUUUCAAGUACGCUGGGCAUUCGUCAAUUUAUUCUAACGUUGAAGCGCGUUCAAGUAGCAUCGCAAAGUUACAUGCUGUAUUGCCUAACACGGGGACGUACGAUUUAGCAGCGCGAAUAGAGAUAUCCGUUAAAGAUGUAAAUAGCAAAGAGUACGUCACUCAAAAAGGCAAGAUGGAAAGCAUAUGUAUAAUUAACGACGAGAGUGUAUAGGUAUACUAUUGCGAUUUUUUAGAAUCACCAUCAGAUAUGGAAGUACUAUUUUUAGUAUAAUUCAAAAGUCAUUCCUUUCUCUCUAUCUCUCUUUCUUCAGUGUAUGUAUAUGUCAUAUGUUGAAAAUUGUUACAUUAUAUUACAAUUGAUAUUUUAAUAACGCGUCAACGUAUUUUUACCUCGUACAUUAGUGUCCAUUUAACUUUACACAGUAAUUUUUAUGUACUCUAAGGAGUACAUACAUAUAAAAAGUAUAUAUAUAUGUAUAAACGAAUUCCAGGUUUCCUUCUCGUUUCAACAUCAAUUUCGUUCGUUCUAUUAGUCUUUUUAAUAUAAUUAUUUAAUUUUCUUGUGACUUGCUAAAGUCUUGAGCUACCUCAUGGUAAUCUAUAAAGCAGUCAAAUGAAAGAAAGAAAUUUAAACAACUAUUUCUUCCGUUGCGUUGCAAUUACAAUUAGGGAUGCUAUACAUAUGACUGCAAAACACAUGUUACCUUGCAUCAAGACAUAUCAUUCUUGCAACAUUUUUUGUACAAUUAUCUCAAAUAAUUUACUAUCUUGUGCUAUUUUUAUUGGUGAAAAGAAUUCAAUUUUCUUUAUAACAAGUAAGUUCUCUUCCCCUGUCUUUCCUUUGCAUAUACAUAUAUAAAUGUUUCUUGUCAUGUUAGGAAGAAUAUUUCUGCACUUUUAGUUUUCCAUGUAAAUUUAAUAUUUAUAUGUAUCUAUAUUUGUAUACAUAUAUACAUAUAUACAUAUAUUUGAUGAUUGUUGAUUUAAUUGUUUACAGUUUACAUGACAAUAUAGAGAAUAGAGUUAUAAAAGGUUUAGGAUUUUCAAACAUUUUCACAAAUGGUAAACACAUACACAACAUAUAAAAUUAAUAAAAACUUCUUUUGUUAAUUGAUCUGUGAAGAGAUUCGAAAGAACAAAUAUGAAGAUAUAUUUGGAGUCUUUUAAAUAAGACUUGUAUUUUUUGUACAGCGUAUCUUUCCUAAAGUAAAAAUGGAUGUAAGUUUCGUACAAACACGAUGAAACUAUUGAAUUUUAUAUAGAUUAGAACAUAGUGUGAAAAAGAAACUGUGUACAUAUCUUGUCAAAUUCAUGAGUAAAGUUGAGUAAAUAAUGGGUCAGACUUA